UGUGUGUCAGACAAAUUAGAGUAGUAGCAAUCUCACGCUAUUUGAUACCUUAUAUAGAAACUAAAAUAAAUAUUUUAUUAUUUCGCAAAAUAAUAUAAAAAACUCAUUAAAAAAUGUCUGGAGUAACAAGUGCGUUGGCCGUCGCUGGUCAAAGACAAUCUGGAGCUCCAGUUCGUUCUCAGAAUGUUAUGGCCGUGUGUGCUAUCGCUAACAUUGUUAAAAGCUCCCUGGGUCCAGUUGGUCUGGACAAAAUGCUCGUUGAUGACAUUGGAGACGUGACUGUAACCAACGACGGAGCGACAAUCCUCCGGCUUUUAGAAGUAGAGCACCCAGCUUCGCGUAUCCUGGUCGAAUUAGCCCAAUUGCAAGACACAGAAGUAGGCGACGGUACCACCUCAGUGGUGAUAAUCGCAGCAGAAUUACUGAAGAACGCGGACGAGCUUGUGAAGCAAAAGAUCCACCCGACUACUGUGAUCAGCGGGUACAGAUUAGCAUGCAAAGAAGCUUGCAAGUACAUCCAGGAGCACCUGACAGUGAACGUCGAGGAGCUGGGCAGAGAUUGUCUAGUACACGUCGCGAAGACUUCCAUGUCGAGUAAGAUCAUCGGAGCCGACGCAAACUUCUUCGGCAACAUGGUGGUCGACGCAGCGAACGCUGUGAAGAUAAACGACGGCAAGGGAGGACACAUGUACCCGAUCAAGGCAGUGAAUGUCCUGAAAGCUCACGGAAAGAGCGCCCGGGAGUCGAUCCUGGUCCAAGGAUACGCUCUCAACUGCACAGUAGCUUCCCAAGCCAUGCCCAAGAAAAUUGUCAACGCCAAGAUCGCUUGCUUGGACUUCUCCCUCCAGAAAGCUAAGAUGAAGCUGGGUGUUGAGGUUCUGAUCACUGACCCAGAGAAGCUCGAGUCUGUGAGACAGCGCGAGAUGGACAUUACUAAAGAGCGCAUCCAGAAGAUCCUCAAUGCUGGAGCCAACGUCAUCUUGCUCUCGGGAGGCAUUGACGACUUGUGCCUGAAGUACUUUGUUGAAGCUGGAGCUAUGGCUGUCAGGAGGUGCAAGAAGACUGACCUGAAGCGUGUCGCUAAAGCUACUGGUGCUCACUUCUUGACUUCUUUGACCAACAUGGAGGGAGAUGAAACUUUCGAGGCCAGUUUCCUUGGAGAAGCUGCUGAGGUUGUUCAAGAUGUCAUCUGCGAUGACGAACUUCUUCUUAUUAAAGGACCUAAAGCCAGAACUGCAGCGUCAAUUAUUCUUCGCGGGCCAAAUGACUUUUACUGCGAUGAAAUGGAGCGUUCAAUUCAUGACGCUCUGUGUGUUGUCAAGAGAGUUCUGGAGAGCAAGACUGUUGUUGCUGGUGGCGGAUGUGUUGAAGCCGCUCUUUCUAUUUAUUUGGAAAAUUUCGCAACUUCAUUGAGCUCACGGGAACAACUUGCCAUUGCUGAAUUCGCUCGGUCAUUAUUGGUGAUUCCAAAAACACUUGCUGUUAACGCUGCUCAAGAUUCGACAGAUCUUGUUGCUAAAUUGAGAGCUUACCACAACUCCAGCCAGACAACUGUUGACCAUGCUAAUCUUAAAUGGGUGGGUCUUGAUUUAAUUGAGGGAACCGUGAAAGACAACAAAAAAGCCGGAGUACUCGAGCCCGCUAUUUCAAAAAUAAAAUCCUUGAAAUUCGCCACCGAAGCUGCUAUCACAAUCCUCCGAAUCGACGACAUGAUUAAAUUGGACCCAGAGCAGAAGCAAGGAAAGUCAUACGGUGACGCUAUGGCUGCUGGAGAGUUGGAGGGUUAAGCACUUAAUUUUCAAGAUUUCAUUAUUUUAAAUAAAAUAUCCUACUCACAAUAAUUUAUAAAAAUUGAUAUAAAUAAAUGUAUUUUAUACUAUUUAUUUAUAUUAAUAAUAAAAUCUUGAGUUUUAAUAAAUAAGUCUCAAUUCAUUUUUUUUUGCAAUUCCAUUUUUCACAUAAAAUUUCUUCUAAGAAAUUUUAUUCGUAUUUUUUUUAAUCAAACAAAUUAAGUUUAUCAAUUUAUACGUAAACUUUUUAUGAAGUAUGAAUAAUAUGAAAUAAUUGUUUAUUAAAAAUAUUUUAUAGGAACAAGAUUUCACUAAUAAAGCUUUUUCACGAAACUUAA